UCACCAAUGCUUAUCCAAGGGGACCCACCAGCAAAAGAGAAUCACUUUUUGGAAACGCUGAUUUCACAAAAUUGAAUUGCUUCUUCUUCACUUCUUCAACUCCCUCGCGUAUAGGUUUCUUCCCUGUUGACUGUUUCCUUCGGUUGUGUCUUCCGAUUCAUGACUCGCUGAGUCUCCGUAACUUGUAACUUGGAACGAUUCCACCGAACGCCGUUUGCGCACUGAUUCCCCGCAAUUGGAUCCGAUGGGAAGCAUCGUGGAAGGAGUUGAAGUUUGGGGAGAGGGGGUGGAAGACACAGUGUACGUGGCGGUCGGAAAGAACACCGAGAAGACUCAACAACUGUUGCAUUGGGCGCUUCACAAUUUCUCUGGCAAACAAAUUUGCCUUCUUCACAUUCAUCAACCUCACUCUCUCAGUUCCUUUUUGGGCAGAAAUCUCUCUGGGGUUGUACCAAAAGAGCAUGGAAAUCAAUCAGUGCACAAACUUCUAGACCAAUACAUUCUCACUCUGGUCCCAGCAGGGGUACGGGUUCAUAAAUUGUUGAUUGAGAUGGAUGAUAUUGAAAAAGGGAUCGCAAAAGCUAUUGCUCAACACAAUAUUAGAUGGCUUGUAAUGGGAGCAGCAGGAGAUGGAUAUAACUUGGGCAAACUAGCUAAGCAAGAGUCAGAGAAAGCUAUUUUUGUACGUGAACAAGCAUUGCUAUCCUGUAAUAUUUGGUUCAUUUGCAAGGGAAGCCUUAUAUGUACUAGGGUAUAUAGUAAGCAUACUUCUGAUAUAGAGACUGGCCCUGCUUUGUUGGCGCUCGAUUCAAAUACAGAAGCCAAACAUUCAGAAAAUAUGAAAUCAGAAUCAACUCCUGAUGCAUUGAAAUAUUUAGAUUCUGAUGAUAUGAAAGAGAUCAAAAGUGUCUAUUCCAACCAUUCCAUAAAUUCAAAAUGGUCCUUUAAUAAUGUUACUGACAGGUCAAAGUUGGCAAAUUUGAUGUUUCAUGAGGAUGAAGCAUUGGAAAGCUGGCAUGCUAAGGAGAUAAGAAGAACAAAAGAAGUUGAAGAACAAUUGGCAAAGGCAAAGCAAGAGGUUCAGAAAAUGAAGAAUCAGCGGGAUGAAAUACUUGAUGAAUUACAAAUGGUCCAAGAUGAAAAUUCAGCCCUUAUGAACCAAAUUUCAGAGUCCCAGUGUAUGGAAACAGAGUUGGAGGAGAAGAUCAUAUCAGCUGUGGACCUCUUGAUAAGUUUCAGGGAAAAGAGAGAUAGGCUCAGGAUAGAGCAUGCACAUGCAGUUAGGGAAGUCAAAAUGGUGAGAAAAUUUGGGAAAGCAGAUACCUCCUCUUAUAGGGUAGAAUUCCCUGCAUUUUCUUUCAUGGAGAUCAAUGAGGCAACUCAUGAUUUCGAUCCAUCUUGGAAGAUUGGAGAGGGAAGGUAUGGAAGUGUUUACAAGGGACUGCUCCGCAACAUGCAUGUUGCCAUAAAAAUGUUACCCUCUUAUGGUCGUCAGAGCCUAUCAGAAUUCCAACAUCAGGUAGAGGUCUUGUAUAGGGUAAGACAUCCAAACCUGUUAACACUAAUUGGAAGCUGUGCAGAGUCUAGGUCACUUGUGUAUGAGUACCUAAACAAUGGCAGCCUUGAAAGCCAUCUUUCCCGCAAGGAUAAGAAUCCACUUCCUUGGCAAAUUCGAAUAUCCAUUGCUAUUUACAUAUGCUCUGCUUUAAUCUUCCUUCACUCCAGCGAGCCUUGUAUUAUCCAUGGGAAUUUGAAACCUAGUAAGGUUCUCCUUGAUGCGAACUUUGUUGCCAAGAUCAGUGACUUGGGCAUUCCUAGUUUAGUCCAGCAAAGUUUGGAUUCAGCUGACACAAGCACAAUAUGUAACAACCCAAAUGAAUGUUUGGCAUAUGUGGAUCCAGAGUGUUUUGUCACUGGCAAGUUUACACCAGAAUCAGAUGUAUAUUCAUUCGGAGUCAUAUUGUUGCAACUUCUAACUGGAAGACCACUUUCGGGCCUAGUUAGAGAUAUGAAAUGUGCAUUGGAAAAGGAAAACCUUAAAGCAGUCUUGGACAUUUCAGCUGGUGAAUGGCCACUUUACCAAACCGAACAGCUGGCAUAUUUAGCAUUGAGGUGUUGUGAAAAGACAUGGUUGAACCGACCAGACCUUGUGUCAGAAAUCUGGAGUGUUCUUGAACCAUUCAAAGCUACUUGCAUUGGCACGCCACCAUAUUUGACUUCUAAGAAGCUUCGUCGUGUUCCUUCCCAUUUUGUCUGCCCCAUUGUCCAGGAAGUAAUGGAAGAUCCAUACAUAGCUGCAGAUGGCUUUACGUAUGAAGAAGAGGCAAUAAGAGGAUGGUUGAAUAGUGGCCACGACACGUCCCCCAUGACAAACCUCAAGCUUGAUCACACAGAUUUGGUACCUAACUAUGCUCUGCAUAAUGCAAUUCUGGAGUGGCAGCAACAGUGAACCUUCAUUGUCCAUUAUACUUGCACAUAUUAUACUGGUGUAAAUCACACUUACAUUCCUUUACCCUUAACUACUCAUUUUAGAAAAUUCACUUUAGAAGAGUCAUGUCCUAAAAUCUUGAUAUCAAGUUCGGGCGGAGAAGGGAGGAAAAUAGAGAGCAAGGGAAAUUUUUAAUUAAACGUUUCCCCUGAUUGAGAGCUUUCUAAAAUGAGGAAUGAUCAUGUAAAUAAGAAUCCGUAUUUAUUUUUAUGAACAUUUUAAAAUUUAAAGUUCUCCAAAUUUGAAGGAUUAAUAUUUAAAUCAGUUGAAUGAAACUUGUUAUUUGAUUUCA